AUGGCAACAGCACCCAAGUGUGAUGGCACUUCCUUGUGUUCCCACGAGCACAACAGCAAUGAUACUACUGACUUAAAUGAGCUUGAUUUGGCGUUUGAUCCGACCCUUGCUUCGUGCUGCGAACGCGACGAACGCGAGUACAAGAAAGCCAUGAAACUCAAAGCCCUGUUGAAAGCACAUGACCCGACAUCUAGCGCCGUGCAAAUGCGCCAGCAACUGUUUAAGCCUCCUUCAACUUCACCGUCGCAUUCUUUGAAGCCUGCAUGUCAAACUCAGCAGAUCAGACAGCCAUCAGUGUCGGAUACAGAACCAUAUUCUGAUGAAUCCGAUGACAGUGACGAUGGAUUUGGCGUGGAGGCCAUUAUGGCUGCUCGUCGUGAGCAACUACAGCAGCAAUAUGAGAUAGCCGCACAAAACAUGGCUGAUGGGUAUGGAGUGGUGCUGGAAAAAGCUUUGUCACAGCUCGUUCAGGAGCUGCAGGACGAACCGGAGAUACCAAGGGUGGCGCUUGUAGUGAUGAGCGGCUCAACUAACUUUUCAGACAUUUUGGAAAAUAUGCGCAGUGAAAUGACUGCAGCUGCACAGCGAUUUUUAGGUACGAAGUUUUACAUAGCUAUAGCAAAACACAAUGACGACAUGCUGCGGCAAUUACGACUGACUUCUGCACCUACUCUGGCGGUAUUUCGUCGUGGCGAUUGUGUCGACUCUGUUGCACUGGACUUAAAGACGCUAGUUACCAAGCUGAGUAUUUAUUGGGAAGCACACUUAUUGCCAUGGUUAAACAAAUGCAAUGUGCUUGUUACUGAGCGUCAAGAUUGUGAAAAACGGAAGAGCAAUAUAAGGAAAGAAAAGCGUGUGGAUGAGAACGAGAACGAGCAAGAAGGAUUCGAUUGCGGUGUCGAGAGUUGCCGUUUACGAUUUGGCUAUGAGCAUGAGCAUGUUGGGACUUCUCAGCAAACCAAAAAUGAAAUAGCUGCGUGGCGUCAUAGCUCCACAUAA